GUUGCUGUGCCAGUUUAACAUGGAGAACAGACUUGCAGAACAUUGAGGCAGCUAUCAAGACCAUAGCUUUCCCGUAAACCGAGGCACUUGCAUAAGAGGGACUAAGAAUGGCAGAAUCUGGUAAAGGUGAAGACGAUUCCAUCCAGACCAAUCUCAAUUCAUAUAGUAUCCAUACUUCUGAGGACCAUAUGAAUAUGUAUAACUCCUCGGCUGAGAAUUACGAUGAGGAUAUUGUAUUGAUAAAUUAUCGGGCACACAUUUAUUCCCGUGUUUCCCAAAGAGCGAGAUAAUGCGUUGGUUCUUGAUGUCGCCUGUGGAACGGGGUUGACUGCUGCACAGUUCCAAACUUAGGUUUUAAAAACGUCCAUGGAAUAGAUGGCAGUGACAGAAUGCUGAAGAUAGCAGAAUCCAAAGGUCUCUAUCAGAGUCUGAGAAAGUGCAUGAUCGUCCCUGAUGAACAGCUCCCUACACCCUCAGAUACCUACGACUUAAUAAUAGUUGUUGGAGCUCUGUCCAUUGGACAUUUGUCACCCGAUGUACUUCCAGAACUGCUGAUGAUCACCAAGCCAGGAGCAUAUGUCUGCUUGGCAGUGAAAGAUGAAGGGGACGGCAGUUACAAGCAGCAUCUGCUAAGGGUUACAGAAGAAUUGGAGAAUAAGGGGCUGUGGACUAAGGUUGUGACCCGAAGGUUUGAUCAAUGGCAGAAGAUUGUGCUGAAAACUGAAAUAAGUUCAGAGUACAACCAAGGGGGUUUGGCCAUUUACAGAAAAUGUGGUACAUUAAUUUGAUACUAAUCAGUGAACUGUACUUUUACCUAUUCCUCUUACCAAUC